GUGGCGGUCAUCGGAGCAAAAUAAAUAACCCGCAUCACCGCGGCAGGAAUGAGAACUUUGUACCGGACACCGGCCACGCACCUGAGCCCAGGGAGACCCCGGGGAUCCGAUUACGCACAGAGGUUCACGUGGAAGAUGGCGGGGGAGGUUUGUGCAUGGGAUGACCUCCUCCCCCACCCCCCACCGGGAGAUGGCUGCGAGCCCUGUCGAUUCGUGAGAUGUUUGCCCAUCAACAGCCUCUCGAGAAGGAAUUUUAAAUGUUGCCUUGACGUCAGAGGGCCCCCAAGUAAAGCCUACCCAGGCCAAGGGCCGCCCGCCACUUGCAAACUCCACGGCGCAGGCAGAGAUAACUAACCCAGGGUCCCCUUCGCCCCCGCCUGGGGAACAAUGUCCUGGGCUCCGGAGGGAGGUUUCAUUCUCUAGGCACCGAGCUGGCCGAGGAAUGCAUUCCUCCUCCCAGGGGAGAGGGAGGCGAUCAGGACGAUGAUCCUCCAGUGAUCCGCCACUGCCUGAUCUUCUCUCCCAAAACCCCAAGAUCAUCCGGUCUCCCUCCUACCACCGCCCCCUCCCCCCGAGCACGAUGUCCACAGUCACCCAGGAACCCAUGGGGCCGUGGGGGUCGCCGGUGGUCGGGGGGACCCCCCUGAACACCAUGGACACCAAACUGAACCUCCUGAACGAGAAGGUGGACAAGCUCUUGACUUUUCAAGAAGACGUCACGGAGAAACUGGAGAGCGUGUACCGAGGCAUCGGCGACUUAGAGAGAGGGAUUUACAAGCUGACCGUGUCCCAGGCGGCCUUCGACCAGCCAGGGCUUGGCCAGCGGGGCCUACGGGCCGACGGGCCCGCUUCCCGGGCCGGCCCUUCGACCGGAUGCCCUGAGAUCCUGGAGCUGGUGAAAGCAGUACGCCAGGAUUCCCUGGAACACGGAACCAAGUUGGAUGGGCUGACCAGGAUGGUCACCGCUGUGGACAGAGCCAUCGCCUUAGUGGCGGCCACCUUCCAGAACUCAAAAAUAGUGGAUUUCAUCGUCCACGGCCUCGUGCCCUGGAGGAAGGGCGGUCUGAUGGACGGCCCUGAGGAGACCAAGGAUAAAGCGGAAGAGAAGGAGGGAAAGGCCAAACACGCCCUCAGCACAAGGGGCGUGCAAGCAGAGAUCAGAAGGUCACCAGAAGGUGAUAAAGGGGAGCACCCGGCUCCGGACCCCGAUGCGGCAGAUGGAGAAGGGACCUCUCAGGAACAGACUGGGGAAACACCCACCGCCCCCGCGCGGCCCCCUAACUGCCCCCAACUCCCAGCGGAGGCCGACAGCGAAGACGGGAGGGAGGCCGGAGAGCUCUCCGUUCCUCAGCCUGGCGUGGCAGGGGAGCCGACCGGAGGCCUUGACGACGGCCCUGCUGGCCAGGAGGCGGGAGAUGGAGCGGGUCCCGGCCGGGCGGUCCCUGAGCGGACGACAUCGGAGGAGGAAGCAGCCCAGAUGGAGCCCGGCCCCGGCCCCAUCCCCGGGCCAGCCCCAUCCGGACUCUCCGGUGGGACCGGAGCAGGCCGCGGAGGGGCCCCAUCCAGGAUUUCCAUCUGCGUCCAAGAGACGGGGACUCCCGGGGAGAUGCUGGUGACCAGAGGAGAAAGCCGGGGCCCUUCCACUGGACAAAUCCUUCCCCCCAAACUCCCCUCCCUGCCCGUCUCAGCAGGGGAAGAUGUUAGACAUCUGCAGGGGCUGACGCCCCCAUAGACCUUGUCCGCCACUCCCAGGACUGUGCCUGCUAAAGCAGUAGCCAACGAGAAGCGGGGGACUCCCCUGGUGGAACAAGCCCCCCUUGGUGGCCCUGGGUCUCCUCCGCUGGAGAAGAAGCUGUCGUCUCCACCCCAGAGGCCCCCGCCAACGUGCACGCAGGCCGGGGAGACACCAGGGUCUGAGGCCGAGCCUGAGGCGGACCCCGGCCCGAGGGGGAAAGGCGAGGAGAGGGGGCCUUCCCGGGUUCCGGUGAAGAGGGGGGAAGAGUCGGGAACUGCGGCCUCGGAGCCAGGGAAGGGUCGCCAAGCCGGGAGUGCCACGUCGGAAGCGGGGCCAGCCGGGGAGACGGAAAAGGAGCCCAGCCGGACCCUCGGAAGAACCCAGGAGAGCGUGGCUGCCACGGGGAGUGGGAGCAGCGUGGUUGUGGAUGACAGCCCCCCGCCUCCCGCUCCUUUCGAACAUCGGAUCGUGAGCGUCAAGGAAGCAGCCAUUACGGCGGGCUACUCGGUGUGCCAGCACGAGGUCCUGGGAGGGGGACGCUUUGGUCAAGUCCAUAAAUGCAUGGAGAAGUCCAGUGGUCUUACGUUGGCAGCCAAUAUCAUCAAAGUGAAGACAGCCAAGGACAGGGAGGAAGUGAAGAACGAAAUCAACAUCAUGAACCAGUUGAGCCACGUGAACCUGAUCCAACUGUAUGAUGCCUUUGAGAGCAAGAACAACUUCACCUUGGUCAUGGAAUACGUCGACGGUGGUGAACUGUUUGACCGGAUCACGGAUGAAAAAUACCAUCUCACGGAACUGGAUGUCAUCCUGUUCACGAGGCAGAUCUGUGAGGGCAUCCACUAUCUCCACCAGCACUACAUCCUGCACCUGGACCUCAAGCCCGAGAACAUCCUGUGUGUAAAUCAGACUGGAAACCAAAUUAUAAUGGACUUUGGGCUGGCCAGAAGGUACAAGCCUCGGGAGAAGCUGAAAGUGAACUUUGGCACUCCGGAAUUCUUGGCCCCUGAAGUGGUGAAUUAUGAUUUUGUCUCCUUCCCCACGGACAUGUGGAGCGUGGGAGUCAUCACGUACAUGCUGCUCAGUGGCUUGUCCCCGUUCCUGGGGGAAACGGAUGCCGAGACGAUGAACUUCAUCGUGAACUGCAGCUGGGAUUUUGAUGCCGAAGCUUUUGAAGGGCUGUCCGAAGAGGCCAAGGACUUUGUCUCCCGGCUCCUGGUGAAGGAGAAGAGUUGUAGAACGAGUGCCACGCAGUGCCUGAAACAUGACUGGCUGAAUAAUCUAGCCUCUAAAGCCAUGAAAUCCAAAGUUCGUCUCAAGUCUCAGCUCCUGCUACAGAAAUACAUGGCUCAGAGAAAAUGGAAGAAACAUUUCUACGUGGUAGCUGCUGCCAACAGGCUGAAGAAGUUUCCAUCAUCUCCUUAAAUCUUAGCCUGGCUGCCGUGGACAUCUGUAAUAGUUACAAGCUAGAGAUGAAGUGGAGAUCGAGGACCCAAGGCGCUAGCCAUCUGGCCCUUGGUGGGGAGUUCCAUUUCCUCCCGUGAAAUGUGUAAGUAGUUUUGGUUAUGGCAGCCUCACUUGACAUCUAGCACACGUACGGAAAAGAACCGGCAGAAAAAAGAGCGGCCUGAGCUUUUCUCUAUCGUAGAAACCGAGGCUUAAAAAAAAAUUAUACUUAUUUUUCAAAGUAUCUACUAUUUGGUGAUCAUGCUAGGCAGGCUUUAAGGAAAUAAAAUUGGUGUAACGUCCCUGCUA